GAAAAAGUGACUUUGUCCAGCAUCGGUUUGGAGAACGUGGAUUGCAGAGUGGGGCCGGAAUCCUGCCCGACGGAGGUCUGCUUUAGGAGCACGAGGGUAGGCUGCUCAAGGUCUGCGCAGGAAGAGAAAUCUCAGCGACAACGGGCACCACAACGACAACUGUUCGACCCGUUGAAGAGUGUGCUGUGAACUCCGCAUCAACUCACGUGUCGACAGAUUAUUUAUUGGCUGUCCACUCCGUACCGCGCUAGCAGGGCGGGGAAUAUGGACAGGAAGAUGCCACCCAAGCGUAUAGCUAAGAGAAGGUCACCCCCAGAAGAUGCCCUCCCGAAAAGCAAGAAGGUGAAGGACUCUCGUAACCAGGCAGCGAGGGCCGUUGCCUCCCGCCGCAUUCCAGGCGCCCGCUCCUGCCAAGGUGCCUGUGGGCAGAGCCCUCCUGACCAGAAAGCCCGACCAGUCUCACAUAGGUCCCACAGCACAGAACCGGGCUUGGUGCUGACACUGGGCCAGGGCGAUGUGGGCCAGCUGGGGCUAGGCGAGAAUGUGAUGGAGAGGAAGAAGCCAGCCCUGGUGCCCAUUCCAGAGGACAUCGUGCAGGCUGAAGCUGGGGGCAUGCACACCGUGUGUCUAAGCAAAAGUGGCCAGGUCUACUCCUUCGGCUGCAAUGAUGAGGGUGCCCUGGGAAGGGACACAUCAGCAGAGGGCUCAGAGAUGGUCCCCGGGAAAGUGGAACUGCAAGAGAAGGUGGUACAGGUGUCAGCAGGAGACAGUCACACAGCGGCCCUCACCGAGGACGGCCGAGUCUUCCUGUGGGGCUCCUUCCGGGACAACAACGGUGUGAUCGGGCUCUUGGAGCCCAUGAAAAAGAGCAUGGUGCCUGUGCAGGUGCAGCUGAGCACGCCGGUGGUGAAGGUGGCCUCAGGAAAUGACCACUUGGUGAUGCUGACAGCUGAUGGCGACCUCUAUACUUUGGGCUGUGGAGAGCAGGGCCAGCUGGGCCGUGUGCCUGAAUUGUUUGCCAAUCGUGGUGGCCGGCAGGGCCUUGAACGACUCCUGGUCCCCAAGUGUGUGAUGCUGAAAUCCAGGGGAAGCCGGGGCCAUGUCAGAUUCCAGGAUGCCUUCUGUGGCGCCUACUUCACCUUUGCCAUCUCCUCUGAGGGCCAUGUAUAUGGCUUUGGCCUCUCCAACUACCAUCAGCUUGGAACCCCAGGCACAGAAUCUUGCUUUGUACCUCAGAACCUGACAUCCUUCAAGAACUCCACCAAGUCCUGGGUGGGCUUCUCUGGUGGCCAGCACCAUACUGUCUGCAUGGAUUCAGAAGGAAGAGCGUACAGCCUGGGCCGGGCUGAGUAUGGGCGACUGGGCCUUGGGGAGGGCGCUGAGGAGAAGAGCAUACCCACCCUCAUCUCCAGGCUGCCCCCUGUCUCCUCAGUGGCUUGUGGGGCCUCUGUGGGAUAUGCUGUGACUAAGGAUGGACGUGUUUUUGCCUGGGGCAUGGGCACCAACUACCAGCUGGGCACAGGACAGGAAGAGGAUGCAUGGAGCCCUGUGGAGAUGACAGGCAAGCAGCUGGAGAACCGCGUGGUCUUAUCUGUGUCCAGCGGAGGCCAGCACACAGUCUUACUAGUCAAGGACAAGGAGCAGAGCUGAUGAAGCCUCUGAGGGCCUGGUUGCCGGCCCCCCACCUCCCUCCCAGAACAGGGAAGCUGCGAUGACUGCAUAUUCCAGCAGACCUCCCCCAGCCCCAAGUACUCUGUCAUCUCCUGCUUUUUCCCCUAGAGCAGAACAGAAUCCUUUUCCUCCUCUUUUUUUUCCCCUCCUUUCUGGGAUCAUCCUGGGACCUACAGGAUGAGGGUGGGGGAUAUGGCAGAGGGGAGGGAGUUUUGUCAGAAGGAAUAUUGCUCACCCCACAGCUAUGUGGUUAGACCUUUCCCCCUCAUCACUACCUCCCUUGGUCCUGGCUGACCCUGGUUUUGCCUACCAAAAACCAAAACUUCCUCCGCUGGGUGUUUGGUGCCCAUACCCUGAGGAGUUGGGGCUCCUUCAAGCCCUCUCUAGUAGUCGUGUGCCACUCUUCCUGUCCUUCACAGCCCACAGGCAGACAAAUGGUACAGUCGUCAGAUCCAGUUGUCAUGGACCUAUGCCUGGGGGAAACUGGAGAAGGGGCAGGACUACCCAGCCAUGGGCAACCCCAAGCCAAAUGUUUGGCCUUGAACAGGUGCCCAUGAGGCAAAAAAAAAAAAAAAAAAGAUUCUCCACUUGAUCAAGAAAAAAGCCAAUCAGCCUUUCUCCCAGAAGCACAAAGCAUUCUUCCCUUCAAACAUUGACUGCAGUAUCUCACCCAACCAACCUGAGUCACCUGCAGCCAAGGGCCUGAAAUCUGGAAAGAAAGCUACGCCUGCAGGAGAGGACCUUGGGAGAGAGGGAAGGAGUGCUUUAUAAAUAAACCUAUAGCAAUACUGAGAGUGAAGUGAGGGAGGGAGGGAGGGGAAGAGGGUUAGAGGGGCAGAGGCUGGUCGCCAGAAAGGGAAGCAGCAGCUUGUACAGUGGCUGAAAAAAUAGAAAAGAGUUUUGAAUUUUUUUUUAAUGUAAAGUAUUUUGGAGGGAAGAGUGAAAUCUUUUAACACUUUGAAUAAAUUUAGAGUUUUAUAAAACAGGCCACUUGUUUUCUACACACUCCCUGCUUUUUUAAGGGAGUACCUGCUGUAUUGGAAAGGGCAGAAUAAAUCUAUGCCUGUGGACCUGGUGAAGACUAGGAAUUAAGUGAUGUUGAGAGGUCCUGGUGUGUGCCAGUCAGCUGUGUUUUUAUAUGGAACAGUGGCUUUUCUAGACAAAUCAAAAAAGAAAAGAAGAAUUGAUUGACUUUUGUUUAGGUAUUUAUGGUUUAUGAAUCACUGGAUUUAAAAAAAAAAAUUAUACUACAUAAUGAGAGACACGGGGUAGAUCUUUUAAUAUCCUAAUCCCAAACCAAGAUUUCUGAGUACGGUACAUCUCUAAAAACACUUUUACAAAGUUUGAUGAUGUAUCAUUUCAGCAGCUGGUGUAACUGAUUAAACAUGAUUAACUGCACGGUAACUCUUAAGACAACUUAAGCAUAAUGAUGUAGAUUUUCACAGGCAAGAUUUUCAUUUGAGCAAGCAAAUCAUAAAGAGCUGACGUGUCCAGUGUGAUGGUCACUAGCCACAUGUGGCUAUUUACAGUUAAUUUAAAUUUGUAAAAAAUAUAAAAUGAAUUUCCUUGGCUGCACUAGCCACAUUUCAGGUCCUCAGUAGUCAUAUGUGACUAGUGCCUAUAGUAUUGGGCUAUGCAAUUAUAGAAAUAUAUAGAACAUCUCUAUAAUUGCAGAAAGUUGUAGUGGACAGUGCUGAUUUCUAUAGAAGGUCUGUAUAUGUACGACAGGCAAGUUUUAUUAGUGCCAGGAAGAUUUUUGGAUGUCAGUGGCUCUUGAAAAAAUGAAUAUGAUGUAAAAUAAUUUAAAAUGUA